CGUUGCUUAGAGACGCAUCGGAAAUAAUAAAGUAGUUUCGCUGUUUGAGUUGGCAUUGUGUAAAAAGAAAGAACACACGCAUAUAUUAGUUAAAGGAGACAGAUGUUUCCUGUUUUUUUGUGUGGAGUGACUGGCGGUCCGCCUGGAGCUGCCCUUCCCUGAGAACAGCUGCUCUCAAAAUUCUCCCCUGCGGGAUUUUCCGCGUUCUCCAGCGACACAAACACCUCCCUGCGUGGACCGGGAAAAAAAACCCAAAACUUUUUCAUCCUCACCAAACAACGUCUGUUGGCUUCCCAUUUAGUAAACUUUUUUUUUUUUUUAACAGCCAUGGGAGAAAUGACAGCACCAAAGAGCUUCUCAGAAGUUAUAAGUCAGAUAUUACAAGAGGCGCCGGCUGCCAGGAAAGAUCUGGUUGAUAACCAGAGCAACCUUCUCCGAGUGGCAGAGUACUGCGAGAACAACUACCUCCAGGCGGAUGAUCCGACCAAAGCUGUGGAGGAGACCAAGGCUCUGACCACCCAGGCUUUAGCCAGUGUCACCUACCAGAUCAACAGCGUGGCCAGCACCGUGCUCAGGCUGCUGGACUCCCAGGCCAUGCAGAUCAAAGACAUGGAAUCUUCCGUCAACCUGCUGUCACUGGCUGCUGCCAUCCACUUGGAGAACGUGGCAAGGAGGGAGAUUGGUGCCUUCACCACACCCAAAGACAAGACCCGAUCCAAACCCUUGGUCCCGCCCCCUUCAGGCAUAGAGCAGGAGACGGGUUACAUGAGAACUCCGAUAUCAUACACCAUCUUGGACACCGUUGGACACUAUUUCCAGGUCAAAGAGCAGCAGCCCAGCAAGAACACACAGACGGAGCAAGCUGAAGAACACUUGGUGUUGACCCACGGCAUCGCCGUACCUCUACCCUCUGUUCCCACUAAGCCCACAGUGAACAGCCUGCCUCCCCCUCCUCCACCUGCUGCUGCCACAAACCUGCCUCCUCCUCCUUCCUCAAUGGACACUGGCCUCCCUCCUCCACCCUCCUUUCCAUCUCCCUCCAAUCUCCCCCCACCCCCUCCUCCACCGGCCAUCGGCCUAUCGGACAACAGCUUCCUGCCACCCCCUCCACCUCCUCCUGGCAGCAGCACCGGUCCACCUCCUCCUCCUCCUCCUCCAGCCAGUGGUGUACCACCACCGCCCCCUCCACCUCCUCCUGGCAGCAGCACCGGUCCACCUCCUCCUCCUCCUCCUCCUCCUCCAGCCAGUGGUGUACCACCACCACCCCCUCCACCUCCUCCUGGCAGCAGCAUCGGUCUACCUCCUCCUCCUCCAGCCAGAAGUGUACCACCACCACCCCCUCCUCCACCGGCCAUCGGUCUGUCGGACAACAGCUUCCUGCCACCACCUCCACCUCCUCCUGGCAACAGCACCGGUCCUCCUCCUCCUCCUCCUCCUCCUCCUCCUCCUCCUCCUCCUCCUCCUCCUCCUCCACCUCCUCCUCCUCCACCUCCAGCCAGGGGUGUACCACCACCACCCCCUCCCCCACCACCCCUCUUCUAGAUGGUAGAUUGUGUCACUCAGGGUUUUGCUAACUUUGAAGCAGAACUAAAGCAAAGUGUGUGUGGGUGUGCAGGCGUGGGGGUGUGUGUGGGUGUGUGUGUGUGUGGAGGGGGGUGUAGGCAUGCGUGUGUGUGUGUGUGUGUGUGUGGGGGGGUGUGUGUGUGCGUGUGUGUGUGUUGGUGCACGCGUGCAGGUGUUUGAACCCUGAGCUGUUUCAUCUGUGAUUAAUACCAAAGCGUUAGCCCGAAGUGACAUUUUCUGGUUUAGAAAAUCCCUCCUUCAGCAUUCUGUGCGUACAGAAGGUGAGCGGCGGGGAUCGUCCCAGCGUGUCCCGACGGCGCCUCCACCGCAUUCCUUCAAAACAAGCUGAAACAGGGAUUCCUGGCUUCCUGUCAUCAGCUCUUCCAUCACUUUUUCCUCUUUCCCAUAACGUCCGUGCCUCAUCGUAAUGAGGGUUACUUCAAACUGCAGCGGUCUGCGGCUCGGCCCCGGCAGCGGUCACUUUCCUGUCUGGUCAACGUGAUCCUAAGUCUCUAACACUGGCAGCUUUGACCUCAGUGUGCUCUGCGUCUUUAAACAGGCCACUGAGGGUGUGAGCCGUCUGCUGCAAGUCAUAUUUAAAACCUCUAUAAUUAAGUGCAUUUACUGUACCUGACAGCGUCAGUACUGUACAAAUAAAGAUCUAGAUGCAGAUAAAUAUGAAGGGGAACUUUUGAAGUUAAAUCGAUUUAAUCUGAGAGAAAAUGGAUUCAAUUCAGCUGCCCGAGAGAAAAUUAGGGUAUUUUUUAAGUUUCAGAUUUUAGGGUUUUUUUAGAAUUUUGUUUUAGAACAAUACUUUUUGUUCAGUAUUUUUAGGAUAUUUUGCUAUGUUACUACCACAAAAAUCCAUGUGCAGUGUUAUGUGCAAACUGAAUGAAAAUGAAUAUGUUUUUAAACCAUUUUUGCAGACAGAAAUCAGCUGAGUGAGUCAGUCUGUCGCUCCAGGUUUGUCUCUACCAGAUUAGAAAAACGACAAACUCAACAGUUUGCCGACUGUUUGCCUGAAAUUCACCCAGAUUUAAUGAAGAGUGUCUGCAAAAAGGCACGUUUUUAAUAUUUGAAUGCAGCUUCUCAAUUUCAUUUAGCACUGGACUUUGACUGGACCAUUGUAAAAAAUAUGUUGGGGCUCUUCUACUGAUGGAAGGUGAAACUCGGUCUCUGAUCAGUUGCAGAUUCUAGCAGGUUUUCGUCCAGAACUCUCUUCGAUUUAACUUCAUUUAUCUCAUCUCUGACCAGCUGCCCUGUUCAGGCUGGAGAAACGGAUUCCCUCAGCAUGACACUACCAGAACUUUGUCUCACCGUGUGGAGGAUUAUUGUGUAAAGGAUUCUUCAUAAAUUCAAGAAAAUAGUUUAGUUCUUAAGGUUUUUAAAGCAGGUCAGCGACACUCAGUCACAUUUUCUUCCUCUGUUUUCCUCAGAGAGUUGAAGUAUUUCCCCAGCAGUGAGUCUAAUUCUCCCUCAUGUUAGGAUUCCUGUUUGGAGUUUAUUUCUCACGCUGCACUCUCAAUAAUCCAACUUUUUAAAAAAUGCGUUAGAGGAAUCAUCGGCGAUGAAUCUGUUCCAUCUGUUCUCAGGAAUGAACCCCUCAUCAUACGAUGAAGAUCCUGCUAACCCCACCAUCCUCAUCAUUCUCCUCUUCCGCUGUCGUUACGGAGGAAAAGGAGGAAGAAGAGUGCAGCACAAUAAUGCUGUGCUGUUUGUGCUGCAUUAUUGUGCAUAUAUAAGCAGAUUCCGAUUUUUAAAAAAAGAAAAGAAAUGAAUUUGUUUAGGUGAUCAAAAAGUUUAAAAAAAAAUGCAUAAAUUAUCUCAAGUUCAGGUUAUUUGUUUUUAGAGCCUUUACACCAGUAUUAUGCUUAUCUGAGUAGAGCGUAGUUAAAGUUUCCCAUUCCUUCAAGCUGAUACAUUCUCUCUUCUUCCGGAUUUCUCUAGACAUUAUGUGUUUUAAUAUGUCCAAAUGUGUCGACAACUUUGUUUAUCCCAGAACAAACUUCUGUGUAUUUUAAAAAGAUUUUAUGUGACAAUGCAAAGAACUGACUUUGUUUUGUAAAGUGGAAACAAAUGACUUCAUCCUACUUUAUGUUUUGAAAACUUUUUACCAAUAAAAAAAAAAAGGAAAUCGUAAAAUGCGUUGUGAAUUUGGAUUUACCUUCUGUUGUUCUAAUACACUCAAAUGAAACCAGUUGAAUGGAUUGAAAGUAACUGGAGGAGCUGCUGAGAUCCAUGGAUCAUGUUGAGCUGCUGACGCUCAUGGAGGAACGGUGGGAGGAAAGACACUGCUUUCAGCAGACAGAGAUGUCAAGGAAGAGACCAAAAUGAAACCAAGCUGGGAAAUCUGACACCCUGAACACACAACACAGUGAGGCACGGUGGUGGCAGCAUCAUGGUGGUACUUCACUGAGCUGGAGCAAAGAAGAAAGGCAAAAAAAUCACUCUGGAUAUGAACUUUGGCUUCGAUUAUGAACAGCUGAGUUGCUUAGAUUAUUCUGACUCUCAUUGGUUAUUCACACGUCAUUAUUACUCUCAUUAUUAUGUGUCAGUAAAUUUUCUCGUCCUGUUAA